AUGACCCAACCAGCAGAGGAAGGUUAUAUCUACAAAGCCUAUUGCGGUUUUGUCGAGAAUCCCUACGUUCAAGAGGGUUACAAAAAGUACGAGGACGCCAAGCACAGCCAUCCAAUUCUUGAGAAUUCUCUACAAACGGCAGAGAAUAUGGCAGCCACUGGUCGCAACAUGGUCUUCAGCACAGCAUCUACUGUUUAUCGUCGUUUGUAUACUCAACCGAAAGAACGAGUUGAGAAUGCCUACACUUAUGGAGUCGAAACAACGAAAAACGUGGUCACUUAUGGAAAAGACACAGCUGCCAAAUGUGGAACACUGACUAUUGGAGCUGGAGUGAUUGCUGGUCAAUUGAGUUUAGCUGCAACACUCGCAUCAACAUCUCUUCUCAUUGAUGGAGCUGGAAAUGUAAAGAGCAAAACGGUGCAAGUCGUUGAAUACUUCGAGGCAAAGAUUUGGGAAGCUAUUCAAGAAGCGUUCAGGGUUUUGCGGAUCCCUUUCGAUUUCGCGAACGAGAAAUUUUUGGAAAGCGCCAAUUCGAUUUUGGAUGCAGCGGGAGCGAUUCUCGAAAAAUCUCUUGGAAUCCAAGUCCCGACUGGCGAUGAUUCUUCGUUGAAAGAUCGGGUGAAAAGAUUGGCUUUGAGCAUGUACAAUCUCCUCGUUCAUAAGGCCCACAAUCAAGUGAUCGAUCCAAUCUCCGUUCAAUUCCAAUCGGCUUUCGAGACAUUCAGCAAGAAUUUGGCUCUACUUGAUGUGGUUCGACAACAAGGGAAAUGGGCAACGGGGAAAGUGCAAGAUUCGAUCUCGGAUUUCAAGACAAUGAUUGAGACUGAGGCUGAGAAGUUGAGAAUCAGUCCAGAGGACCUCUUGUUGAAGGGAAUCCAUUCGGCAAACCAGAAUCUACAGCAGCGAUUGAUCACAUUGAAAGAACAGGGAACACAAUUGGGAGCCGGUGCCACCUUUGAGGGUUUCAUCGAAUACCUUCAAACAUUCGAGCAAUCCCUGGGACAAGCCGAGAGUUUGUACGCCAUUCAAGAAGAGGUUCUCGAAGAAGUCCGGAAAUACCUCGCCCGAGUGAAAUCCCAAUGGACGAAUCUUCGAAGUGCCGCU